CAUAGUUGAAUGUUACAAUCAGUUAAGUUACUUCUGGGUAUUCCUUUGGGUAAACCCGUUCCACAAACAAGAUUCGAAGAAAAAAAACUCAAAACAAGUGUCAAUACAACAAAGAAAACAAAAUUGAUUGAUUGCGUUUCGUAUACUGAUAUUUGAAUAAAAAAAAGUUUUAAAUAACACCCAUGAGAAGUAAUCGAGAGGAGUCAAAUCGGGGGAUCUAGCCGGCAAUUCGGUCGUUCCACCUAUUGGAAAAAACCUCGUUUGAAUAAUUUCUAAUUGUACGUGUGCAAAAUGCGGUGGAGCUGCGUCUUGUUAAUAGUGAAUAGAUCGAUUAUUUGAAUGAUUAACAUCAAGAAAAAGUCUUUGUAACUAAAAAAAAAAAAAAAUGAUUGUUAAUGAUACCAGUUCAAACUUUUAUUUUUUUGAGUGUGAGAUAUGCCGGUUUGAUUUACAUCGGGCAGACAUUUCAGUAUAGAAAAAAUAGAUUAAAAGGUCAUCAAUACCAAAUAGUCAAAAAUUUUUUAUAAUAAGAUAAUGUUAAACGAUAUACUGCGAAAGAAUCACAUCCAGAAUUUAAUCCGGAUCUAGCACCGUCAGAUUCAGAUCCAUUGCGAAAUGCGAAUUCGUAUUAUACACUCAAAUAUAUGUUAAAUAAGUGUAUCUGAAAAGAUUUUUGGCGUCUCUAAAGGGAAGAGGGAGAAAAAAUCAUUUUGUUUAGGUUUUAUGUUGCCAUUAAUCUUUUAGGGGUCGGAUUACGUCUUAAUUGGGGUUGAUAUUUUCAUUUUUAUUUGACAAAUUUGACAAACUGGCCUGUUUAUUUCGAAAUUUUUAAACAGGAUUGGUAACACUAUGUCGUGACAUUUUCAGUCGUCGUUUCUUCGCGUUACUGUCGAAAAAGUUAGGUUAGGUUAAGUUAUUAUUAUUUUUUGUUUUAUUUGAAACCUCAAGCAACUUUAAAGUUAACAAUGUAGUCAAUACUCCCGAUAUGACUAGAGUUUUAAAUUAGGGUUUCGCAACUCUUUUGCAAUUUAUACUCGUCAGUAAUGAUUUACAUUCGACAUAACCUCAAUCUUUUUAGAUAUACUUAUUUUACAUAUAUUUGAGUGUAUGUACGAAAUUGCAGAUGAUUUUGAACUCCAGCCGAAAUAUUUUUAAUUGUUUACGAGAAUUGAAAAAAAGACACGAAAUUUUUCAGUUUUUUUACUUAAAAAAUGAUAAAUAAAAUAAAUAAUAUAUGAAAAAAGGGUACCCUCGUUUUUUUUUUGGUUCUAGAAAAUGGAAAGGUCAUCCGAUUUCGAUAAUUUUUUUUUAAAUCUUCGUUUCUACGGCGGAUUUAUGAAAAAAAAACAUGGGAAUUAAAAAAAAUUAAAACAUAUCGAUUUUAGGGCUUUAAAUGUGAUACGUGAUGUGGGAUGUAAUCGUUCAUAACUUUUUUACAAAGCAUCAAACGUAGUUCAUAUAUUUUUUUGUUAAUCUACACAAAAAACGAACAUUUUGAAAAAUGCUUGUUUAUUCAUUUUUUUAUUUCUAACAGUGAUUUUAAGAAUAUUUUUGUUGAUACAACUUUAAUGAUUACUAAAUAACAAAGGUACAAACGAUUUUUAAUUGUAAAUACUUGAUAAAUCAACAUUUUUCUAUAAUUUUUUUUUAAAUUUGUUGGUUUUUUUUGUGUAGAUUAUGAAAAAAAAUAUGACAACUUCAUUUGAUCAUUUUGAAAAAAGUUAUCGACACUUACAUGGUAAUGAGUACAUUUAAAUCCCCGAAACCAAUAUAAUUUUCAAUUUUUUUCGUAAACCCGCCGUAAAAACGAAGAUUUAAAAAAAAAUUAGUCGAAAUCGGAUGAUUUUACGAUUUUCUAAAGCCGAAAAACGAGGAAACCGCGAAAGUAUAAAAUUACCGAAAAAUUAUUUUUAUUUAUAAUAGUUUGAAAUAGUCGACUAUGUCUUUGUAUUUAGUGGUAAAUUGAGAGAUCCGACAACGUCGCAAUCUCGAUUCACCUCUCCUCGCAACGAGAGAAAACUCGGAGCAAAGAUUCCCGUACGCGAUCCGUUCAGUUGAACCAGCAGCGCCCGGCCGCUGAUUAUGUGUAUUCAUUCCACCAAAACACCACACUUUUCACUUGUCAAACGAGAGUUGACUAGUGACUACUCAACUCAACACUCCUUUCACAAAUCCGAGGAUUCCGAGGUAUGCGGUCUCGAUCGUCCACGUAACCACAAACGGUGCAGUGUUACAGUGAGAUAACAAAAUAAUUUUAAAAAAAUUAAAUUAAAAAAAAAAAGUGCGUCGCAAGUUGCGAUUCAAGUGCGACAAAGUGUCUCAUCGCGAUUUCGGUCGUCAAAGACGUGGAGUUGUACGACCACGCAGUGUUAUGGUGGCCAGUCAAGGCGUUGAACCCCAACAGAAUGCAGAUAUGUACUGCGGACCCGUACAUUCCCCAUAUGGUGAUUAUUACCAGGAAAAUCAGUUUUACGUGCAUCCGGAAAUGUGUCCGGCGCACAUGUGCGCAAUCCAAGGAGAGUUCGGUCCGGUGACAGUUCCAUUGGUAUCAACGAAUUCUUCACCUCCGAUAGCGAUGCCUGUUCAAGUUCCCCCGGGUCAUAUGGUGCAACAAAUAGUUGACGAAAGUGGUACUUUACGACACGUCAUAUUAUCACCGCAACAUCCACCAAAUAUCUUACCGAUGCCAUCACACAAUCCACAACAUUACGGUGGCGGUCCAGGAAACAACAAUCCGCAGUCUCAACAAUUUUAUCCAGGUAUUCCUAGUGGGUAUCCGCCGCAACAAUUUCAUUCCAAUCUCCAAACGGGGCAUCCGCUUCCUACACAUUUAGGCCAUUCGCCGCCCCCAAAUCCUACUUAUUAUAAAGACGAGAGGGCGCAAAGGCAACAUAUUAAAUUGAAAAAGAAAUUACACGAAAAACAAUUGAAGAACGAGUUACCUAGAAAAGAAUUAGUUAACGGUUUGAAAAGAUCGGGAAUCAAAGAGAAAGGUAUGAGCAGCGUGGGUACUAGUGAGGAUGGAGAGGAAAACAGCGUACCCGAUGAAGAGGACUCUAUACAAAUAGCGACUGAUAUUUUGUCGUCCGUCCAGGCACCCAAGGUGUCUGAACUAACUUCCCGUAGUGCCUUACUGCAAUGGGCGACGCCCGUUCGUCUAUCCGAAUCAGCGAGCAACGACAGCCAUGACAUUGACAUUUCGGAAUCCGAUCUUAGGUACGAGGUUCUUCUAAGCGAUAAAAGCAAAGAAAUGAAAUUCAAAUCGAUCUAUAGCGGACCAGCUCUCUCUUGUAGGAUACAGGAUUUGAAACCUGGUCAUGAAUAUUCAGUCUGUUUACAGGUGCAUUUGGAUGAACUCCAAGGCUCGGCAACCGAUCCGGUAAAAUUCAACACUCCACCUUGUGAACCUGACCAACCUCAACCACCGAAACUCCUAAGUCGAACCAAACAUUCGUUGCAAUUGCGUUGGAACGCCGUUAACGAUAAUGGCGCGCAUAUACAGUACUACAUCUUGGAAUAUGAUGCGGGCAAAGGAGGAGAAUUUGUGGAAUUCUACAGGGGUAGAAGUAAAACGCACACGUUACAAAAAUUGCUUCCAGCAACACUUUAUACUUUCAGGUUAGCAGCUCUUAAUGAAGUAGGAAAAAGUUUAUAUUCUGACUGUAUAGCGUAUAGUACCAAUGACAAUCCACCUUCACAACCGUCGCCGCCAACGUUGCGCGAGGCUAAUAUUCAAUCAUUACAUAUAAUUUGGCAACGUCGACCGAAAGACGACGAAUUCAUUUUGCAGAUGAACGACGUCGAAACGGAAUACGGUUAUCUGAACGUUUAUUUAGGUAGCGAUACUCAACACAUCUGUAGGGGACUAAAAGAAUGCACCAACUAUUCUUUUAGAUUGAGGGCGAAAAAUGAGGGUGGAACAUCGCCUUGGUCAGACGAAGUAGUCUUCAGUACGUUGCCCGAUAGACCCGCCAGGCCGACUAGACCUAUAAUCAAAGGAAAAGUACACGCACAUUCUUUUAAAUUGAAAUGGGAGCCGGGCGAAAAGACCGGAAGAUCUGUAAUAACUCAGUAUAAUUUAGAAAUAAGCUCAGGUAGUAAUUUCCAAAUAAUCUAUCAGGGCUUGGAAACUGAAACAGUCUGUGAUAAGCUAACACCGGGAACUACUUAUCAAGUCAGGGUGAAUUGUGUUAGUGCCGGUGGUGUUAGCAAUUUUUCUGAAAUCUGCACAGUGACUACAGACGCUGUACGACCCGGUCAGUGUUCCCAACUUAAAAUCUUCGGAAAACCUUUAGCCAAUUCGGUGACCAUUCGAUGGGUUGAACCGGACGAUAAUGGCGGCGCGCCUAUUCUACAAUACGAAAUCGAAAUGACGUCUCCGGACGGUAGUAAAAGUAUUUUACAUACUACCAAAGUAACAGAAUGUAGUGUUAGAAAUUUGAGUCCGGGCUGUGAUUACGUUUUCCAAGUGAGAGCCGUCAAUCGAGUGGGAUCCGGAGUUUGGUCGGAACCGUUGAAAGUAACUAGUGGCGCUGCGCCUCCUUCUACACCCGAAACGCCCCAAGUGGUAUGCAAGAGUCCUUUCCAAGCGUACGUCGAAUGGACGGAGCCUAAAUGCAAUGGUGCCCCUAUUAGUGAAUAUAAGUUAGAAAUGAGUCAAAGUAUGAACGAAGACUCAUUCUCGAGUAUAUAUCAAGGAAUCCACUUGAAUUACGACGUAAAAGGCUUGCAACCCUUCCAUUCCUAUUGUUUUCGAGUACAAGCCGGCAAUAGCGCCGGUUUCAGUGGAUAUUCUCAAAUAGCGACGACAUUGACACCACCUGCAUCACCAUCCGCCAUCAAUACAUUGAAAUCCAUUUCCACUCCUACCUCCAUCACACUUUAUUGGAACACACCCAAUGAGAAUGGAAGUCCUAUUACACAUUACAACAUUGAAAUUGGCGAUAGAACGAUAACUACAGAGGGCGCUGUUAACGAAUACACAAUAGAAGGUUUACAACCUGAAACCAUUUAUAAAAUAAAAAUUCAAGCUGUAAACGAUGUUUCUUCUGGCCCUUAUUCUUCGCCUUUGAGAGCUGCCACUUUGAGGUUACCUCCUUCAGCGCCUAGAUUGGAAUGCUUGGGAGUGGGCCACAAUUACGUCAAACUAAAAUGGGGCGAGGGUAAAAACACCGAAUACACCCAAUACUGUAUAGAAAUGGAGAAUCCCCGAUCAGGUGGUUAUAAUUGUGUAUAUAAAGGUACGGCUCUAACGUGCAAAGUGAAUAAACUGCACGAAUCGACAACGUACAGAUUCAGGAUAAACGCCACGAACGAUGCGGGCGUAGGUGAAUUUUCAGAAUACUACGAAUUCGGUACGAGCCUAGCGCCACCUGCCUCAUUGAAAAUACCGAAAGUCGUGGAAGUUGACGAGAGGAGUUGUUCGCUCGAAUGGUCGCCGGCCAGAAAUACCUUUACGGACUCGAUAAUAUACAGGGUGCAACUGGCGAGGGUGAAAGAACAAGUUUAUAAACAGGUAUCGAAAUGUUCUGAAACGAAAUGCGCAAUCGAGGAAUUGGAACCAGGUACCGAUUACACGGCUCGCAUUUGCCCCGUCCGUUUAACGUCUACUGGUGAAUUACCAGGUCCGGCAUCACCUCCGGUUACCUUUACGACUACUUCGGUGGAACCAGUAGGGGGCGGUACGCCGUCGAAGACGGUACCGACAGCAGGUAGCCCUUCAAUUAACAAACACCGUUCUCUCUAUCAUUCCAUUCGGCAUAGGGUUAGUUUUACCGAGGAGUACUGCACUUACGUGUACGCAAUGUUAGUACUCAUCGCCGGAAUCGCCAUAUCUCUAAUGAUCGCGUCGUUUUUAUAAACGUCGAUUUGAAAGGAGACGCGCGCGUCUGUAGAAAUUUAAACGAGGUGGGAAGCGUUCGAAAGGAAGUGGUAGCGGUAAAUAAUUUACGUAAUUUCGAUAUAUGGUUAUUAUCUGAUUGGAUCAUGAUUGCUGUAUAUCACAAACCGUUUUACUUGGAUUCAUUCGGUAAAAAUUAUUGCAAGAGAAAUUGCCUGAAAUAUUUUCUAAUUUGUUUAAUAAUAUUAAUUGUUGUUGCGCCACAUAGCGGAUAUUUUAUGAAGCUGAAAAUAAUUUCUUAGUCAUUUUUUUGCUGAUAUUUUUACAGAAUGGACGUGAGUUGAGCGGGUUUCGAUAUAUGGCUGUUUACCUACUUUAUUUGAUCGCCCGGUAUAUGAAACAAAUUUUUUAUCGUUUACUAUGUGAUGGUGUAAAAUUUUGCAAUAAUUUUCCUUGAUCUGUCUAUUUUUUUGGGUUAGGUUAUAAGCAAACUUUUUAAUCACAAUUUUUCUUCCUUAUUUUGAAGGUUUUUUUUAAACAUUGAACGUUUUAAAUCAAAAUAUUCCACUUUUUCUAGUUUUCGUUUUCUAAAACCAUUUUUUAAAAUAAUUGUCUCAUGAAAAGUCAUUGAUAAAGUAUAUUUAUUAUUUAUAAUUCAUAAAACACUAAGAUUAAUUCACUUAUCUAAUUUUCCUUUUUGUUUUUUGUUAACUAUGGUUUAUCCUUUAUUAGCGUUGACUGCAGUUUUUCUAUGUCAACUGUCAAUAACAGUUGUUCUGUAUUCAGUGCCAAUAACAAUUGUUUUGUAUCAAAUGUCAAUAACAGUUUCAGUUCUAUGUCAACUGUCGUUAGCAGCGCUUGUUCUAUGACGGCUGUCAAUAGCUGUUAUUCCACUUCACAAUAAUGAACUCAUAUGGUUAUUUUAAAUUAUAUUUUUUCAUUAAUGGAUAACCUUGACGAUGUAAAGUAUUUGAAAUCAACAAUAGAAAAUGGAAUAUUUAUGUGAAACUGCUUUAAAAAAUUAAGAAUAUAUUUCCUCGAACUAUUUCAUCUUUUUUUUUUUAAUUAUUAUAGUUUUGUCGCUUUUUAUCCGUUUUUCUAUAAUUUAAAAUAUAAUUUUAUUAGUAUUGAUGUACUACAAACCCUCGUUCCUAUUUUUGUGCUAAUUACAUAGAUACCACUAAAAUUCAUAAUAAAUGAAUUUUUUAGUUUAUCUAUGAUUGUCUUUCACUGCCAAUUGUCAAUAAAAGUUGUUAUUGUGUAUCAGCUGUCACCUGCAGCUCUUGUGAUGUGUCAUCUGUCACCAGCAACUAUUAUUAUAUGUCAGCUGUCACUAGCGACUCUUGUUGUGCGUUAGCUGUCAUCAGCAACUCUUGUUAUGUGUCAGCUGUCACUAGCAACUCUUGUUGUGUGUCAACUGUCAUCGACAACUCUUGUUUGUGUCAUCCUUCACCAGAUACUCUAGUUAUGUGUCAGCUGUCAGCAAUAGUAAUUAUUAUAAUGAAAACAAAUAUUUUAAUUGAAAAAAUAGGCGAUACGAAUAUAUUUUUGAUAAUAAAAAUUUUCCCUGUUCAAAUAAUUGUUACAAAUUCUUAACUGUAGCUCUUUUAUAUAUAAUUUUAAAUUGACAUUUGAUGAAAGUUUUGACAUAAAGUUCUACCACUAUCUUUCGUAAAACUUCCAAACUCGUAACCUCUCUCCGCGAUUCUUAAGUAUUAUUAAACAGGGCUUUUUAUUAAUGAAGUAUAAUUAUAGAGGACCAAAGCGUCAUGUUUUGGUAUUUUUUUAUACAUGUCUCCCGUAAUUGGUGUGGUGCUAAUAACUCGAUGGUCUCGACUAACGUUCAUUGCGCAGUAUAAUAAUAUUCACUUCAAGCUAAUGAUUUUUUCCCAAAUUACCCAUGAAAACCUCAUUAAAUCGGUUUUACAUACAGUGUCCUGCGAAAUUAACUCAAAAUAAUGCAUACUUUUUGAAUAUACCGCGUAUAUUAAGAAAUAAUAUAGCAAUUUUGUAUGGUCAAUUUUUCAAUUUUAAAAAAUAUGCGUUAAUUUUGAAACAUUUUUUAAAAUAAUUUUAAUUAAUCAGAUUUAGUUCGUCAAACACGUUGACUGCCGAUACACGCUCUCACUAAAUUAGUAAGACAAUUUUGAAUAUGAAUAAUUUUGGUAAUUGGAUUCCAAUUUUUUAGUUUCAACGAACGUGAUAUUAUUAUACCGCGUGUAAAUUCCUCCUUAACGGAUCUUAUUUUAUAUUUUUUAUUAUAUUUUUUUACAUUGAAAGAUCCAAGGAAAGGCGUUAUUAUCGAUACCACCGAUACAUAUAGAUUAUGAUGUGAUGAUGAAUGGCUAUAGUAGAUUGAAAACUAACAAUAGGCAAAUAUACGACCCUUAAUUUUUUUGUCGAAGGGGCGUAAUUUUUACCCAUCGUUAGUUUACGGUCCCGAUGACCUAUCAAAAGGGAUGAAUUCCAGUCAUAGUGUACAUAUUUAAUUAUGUAAUGCUGUUGGCAAUAUUUAAAUUAUUAUCUAGAUGAAAUUUAAGUGAAAGUGACUGGAAAAGUCGAUUCGUAUAUACAGAACGGACUGGUUAUUAGUUAUAUUCGAGGAGUUAUAUCAUUCAGUUGAUGAUCGAUUUUAAAUAUUUCGGAUAUAGUCCUUCAAGUUGUAUGCAAGCUAUUUUAUCGUAAAACAUCACCUACAAUCAAAAAACGUUUUUACCCGAACGAUACGCCCCUCGAUUAUCACGAUUCUGUAAAUUAAUAGUGCAAUGUUUGUAUCGAACGUAGAAAUAAUAUUGUUUACAACACGUAAACAAAAUGUGAAAUUUCAUACGAAUAAUGAAAUAUCGUAUUUUCUUCACGUGUUGUACACUAUAUUUUCCCUACGAUCUACACGAAAUAUGGUGAAAUAUUUUCGUGUUAGUUCGUCGAAAAGUGUUACGUUCGUUGUGAUAGUACACAGAAGUCUUAAAUCGAUUAUUAUUACAAUAAUUCCUACCAUAUUCACUGAUUGUUGCACUAAAAUCAUCGAUUAUUUGAGUUGGAAAGUUUUAUUAUCGAUUGUUUUAUGUAUAUUUUAAAUAUUCUUGUUAAUUUAUUUAUUUAUUAAUGUGUAGAUAUGUCUUUUUUUCUUAUUUUGAGUCAAGUACAACAAAAAAAGCCAACUCGAGGUGGUAAUUAAGUUCUUAUUUCAUUUUGUUAUUCUAUGAUCAAGUCUAGGAUGUUAAAAUUUAUUCCCUUUUUAAUGUUUCCAACGAAAAUUGAUGUAGUGUUAACUAAAACUUUAGUUUAUCUAUGGUUGUGUCAACGGUUGAUAACAAUAAUCAAUAGCUAUUGUUCUACGUCAACUGUCAACUGUAACUAUUCCAUGCCAAUUGUCAAUAGCAGUCGUUCUGUGUCAGUUAUCACUAACAGUCCUUGUUUUAUACUAGCAAUUAUCGUAUCAGCUGUCAACAACUGUUGAUCAGUACCAGCCAUUGAUAGCCGUUAAUUUCAUGUAACAGUUAUAUAUAAAAAAUAACUAUCUAACAACAAGUCAAUAACAACAGUUCUGUGUCAGUUGUCAAUUCCAGUCGUUUUUCUGUGCCAGCUGUCAACCGCAGUUGUUUAGUACUGGUUGUCACUAGCUAUUGCUCCAUGUAAAACACAAUUUUUGGUUGGAUAAUGUACAUUAAUAGACAACCUCAAUGGUCUUGAGUAAAGAGAAUGCUUAAGGUAGAAAAUUGAUAUAUUUUGCACAUAUAAAGAGAGUUGCUUCGAUGAAAGGUUUCGGUCAAACGUUGUAGCUCGAUUUUGAAGGAUAAUUUGUUUAAGAAUAAUUUUGAACAUUGAAUUAAGUGCAGUAUUAUCAUAAUUUUAAAUUAGAAUUCAUUCUUUAUAGAUUAUUUGACCCAUCCGUCUCAUUUAUUAGUAAUUGGUAAUGAUUUUAAAGCAAAUCAUUAGUGCAUGUUGAUGAUUUAAUUACUACUGAACUUUUUACAGUCAAAAGUUUUUAAUUCCAUGCCAAUAACAUAUCUUCAAUAAUCAGGUUCUACUUUAUCUGUGGUUAUUGUCUGCGACAAUUGUUCUGUACCAACUGUCAAUAACAAAUGAGAACAGUUAUUGUUCUGUACCAGUUGUCAAUAGCAUCUGUUGUUCUGUGUCAAUUGUCAACAAAAAGUGUUCAAAGUCACAGUUUUUGGCUAAAGGAAAAAAUAAAUCAACUAAAGCGACUUUGAUACUAUUAAAAAUAAAGAAUAAUGCCCCAGAUGAACCUAAAAGUAUGAAUUGUAUUUUUAAUGCUUUAUUUUGAUAGCUACUUUGAAUUUUAAUGUAACAUUCCGUGAAUUAGAUGUUUGGAAAUGAAUAUAUUUGCGUUUGAUUCGACAAGUCGAUGUGUUGACCUCGAAAAAACUUUUUAUAUUCUUAUGGGUUCAGAUUUUGGAAGAUUGUCCAUUCUACUAACUUGUAUCGGCCUAUUUAAGACGACCCAAGAUUUAUUGGCUCUACUAAAUUAUCAAUGCUACUAAUUUUCGAAUUAUCGAGAAAUUUUAUUUUAUAUUGCGAAAAUUUUACCUACGAGGUUUAUCAGCGACUCCGUACAUUGUACAUAGUAAAAUCUGUUGGAAACAGUUAUUUUAACUCUUUUUUUUAAUAAAUAAUAUCUUUAUAUAAAAUAUAUAUUUAUGAGAGAUUUUUAUAGAGCAUUUAUUUAUUUAGUGUCCCAAUUUCUUCCGUAGCAGGCGCUCUAUUCCUAAAUGUACUUAUGGAAUUUGCAGUGGGAAUAGAAACGCCGUUUUCGUAUGCAUCGUCCUGUGUAUGUAAUUUUUGAAAGUUUUAUAUGUUAUUAUUGUUAACAGUCCGUCUGUGUAUACAUAUAGUAACAUUUAUAUAGAAAAAAAAGUGUAUAUGUUGAAGAAUAUCCAUUAAAUUAUAUAAAUCUAAUGUUAAUCGUUUAUGAUCUAAUCAUUUAUAAUUUUAAAGUUGGCUAUACUGGGAUGUGUAACUGUGCACCUUGCACUAUAUGAAGAGUUAUAAUUAUUAUAGGUAAAUAUACAUUAUAUAUAUAAAAGAAUCCAUUAUAUUUUAUCUACUAGAA